UAAAAAAUGAAGCAUCUAUAAAGCACGUAGACAAAGAAAAUAAUAAAAUAAUCGGGUUUGACGGGAUCACGGUGACGCCACCCGCACUGGAAUAUACCCCUCUUUUUUUAUCUGCUUUUCCCGAAAACUAUAAAUACUCUAAUCUUCUUUCCCCUCAUUUUCGUGCCCUAGACUUUCUCUUUCCUCAGCCGCAACAUGUCACCCCGCCUGAACUAAUCCAUUUUAGCCCUUCAAAUCGUGCCUCUACUCCACCGGAGCCCCGAUCUUCGCCGCCGUUUGCCUCAGCCCCGCUCUCAAUUCUGUGAAAUCAGCUCGAAUUUGAGAGAAUUCAUUGGGAAUAUCGUUCUAUUCGUGCCUGUUGAUUGAUAUGGAAAUAUUGUUGAAUUUUUUCGGGGUUUUGGCGACUUGGUGUUUCUGGAGGUGAAUGGAAUCGCCGGUGGAGGUGGUUCUCCCGGCAGCGGUUGCGGAGAGGCUCAUGGGAUCACAGGAGGGUUUUGGCAGCGGCGGCGGCAGCGGCGGCGGUGUUGCGAUUGGGGAAGUUCGGUGGCAUGUGCAAGGUGCAUGCAGCUCUGGAGGUAAAAAGGAUGACAUUCAUGCUAUUAAUGUCUCAGCGCCAGCUUUUUUGCGGAAGAUUCCUGAUUCUGAACUUGGUUUGGAGGCCCGUCCACCCUCCAGUUUACACAGUGAUGUUAUUUCAGAUGAACGUGGUUUUGGAAACAUGAAGUCUAUUUCUUCUACUCUAGAUCGAGAUGCUAAACCUAUAGCACAGAACUCUGGUAAAGUGGUAAGAAAAAAUAGUGGAAGCACUAAGAGAUCAGGGAUGGUACAGAUGGAAGUUUCUAAAAGUAAAUCUGGAUUACGUGAUGUGAAAGGAAUUUCUCCCGAGCUUGCUUCAUCAUCUGCAAGCUGCAAUAUAUCAGAGAAAAAUCAACUGGUUAAGGAAAAGAACAGUUCGAUCAGCAAACGUGGCGACAAAAGAAACAGUAAAGCUAAGAACAAGAUAAAAUGUGACUUCUCUCUUAAAAAUGGCUUGAUCGGCUUUAAUUCAGCUGCUGGAGGAAAUAACUUUUUGGGAAUAUAUGGCUUAAAACCUGAUGAGUUUGACAUCACAAAACAUGUCAAUGAGCUGUCUUUAGAUGAGCUACUCCAUGGAAAUUAUGACUGUCCUGUUGCCAAAGACAAAGUAAAAAAAGCUGCAAAUCCGAACACCAGUCUUUUGCAGUCAGUUAGAAGUGCGUGGUCUGUUCUUCAAGCUCCAAAGGUCUCGCCGCCCCAAAAUUGUGGUGAGAUUGAUGGCAGUUGUUUGCGGAAUUUUUCGACUGGCUUGGUUACUGUAAGUUCUGCAAUAGCCCAAACUGAUGGCAACAAAAUAGAUGGCUGCACCGGAGAGCUGCCUUCCUCCGACAAGUUUCUUUUGAAGGCUCAAGAAUCUGAUGAGAAGAUCAAACUUUCUAACAUCGCCGAUUUCCCGCUACACAAACCAAAAGAUGUCUUGGAGUGUCUUGCACUUCCUCCACCGAAGGAUUUGGAUUUGUUACUUUCAGAUACGGGCAAAAACACUUCAUCAUCAAAAAAUAGUACUGAUCAUCGUCCAGGCAAACAAGUUUCUCACAGAACUGGACUUCCACCUUUUCCAUGGUCUCAUUCUUUUUCCGGGCAUAAUAAGUUGGGAUCUGAUGCUGUUAAGUUAUCCACAACCCGGACAAUAUGCCAAGGUAGAUGGGUAAAAGUUAAACCCCCUGCUUUUCAGAAAGGUUCUGCUGACUUACUGACAGACUUUGAAUCUCUGUCAUUUGACCAAAGUUUAGUUCCUUCAUCAAGUUUUACAUCUAAUCAUCCAGCAAACGAAUUUGCUCCAAUUGAAAGGGUUUUAUCUGCUUCCGGUGCAUGCUCGACCUCAAAGAUCAUUGCAGAUGAGCACUCAAUUGCUCGUGCUGCUGCUCAAACACUCUUAGACAUCGCUGCAUUCGCCAAGGGAAAUCCAUGUGCAUCGGUGAAGUCGCUGAAAAGACAUCCCCAGACAGCCAUUAAAGCUUGCAAGUCGAAAGCAAUUGAGCAAUCGGAUAAACUGCUCGAUCAAGCACCAAAAUCAACAAAGAGACCAACAAAUCCUUUAAAAGGUGAAGGGUUUUCAUCCAAGAAGCUCAAACUCUCCACAGACGUAACUACUACUACUAAUGGCUACUACAUCAGUCAUACCGAGCCUGUGAAGAGAGAAACAUUCAAACCACCCCCUAGGAAGGUAUAUAGGGACUCAAAUGCAAAUACAGAUAUUUAUGGUGCCAACAUUGUAAAGAAACCGUUUGCCAUGAAAACCCAGAGGAGAGAAGACAAGCCCGCCAGUAGUAAACCGAAGAUCUGGAAGUCGUUCGAGUAGAGUGGCUAUAAACGUAGAGGCCGCAGCACACAGUUUCUUUCUUUGCUCGUAAAUUGUUAUUUGAUCAGAGUAUUUAGGUGCCGAUAUCAUGUACAAUUGUUAGAUCCUGUAUAUAGUGUCACCAUGUAAAAAGAGAGGUUGUGUUGUGAUAUUUUCAUCCUUUUGUCUUCUUCAUGAGAGACGAGAGUUUCGAGAUGUUGUACUGUUGUACAAUCGUUUUAACGUUUCCGUUGUCUUUGCCUUUGCGCUGGGCAAUGGAAUAUUUAUGAGUUGGUCCCAACUCGAAAAGGUGAGGAAGAUUCAGACAAAAAUGGAGGGGUACUUUGACAAUUUAAAAUCUCUUUACUAGUUUUGCAGUUUUAAACAAAAUGAUUGCUAUCAAAGGCAACAACAAAUGCACAUUUGACGGUUUGUUUUAUGCUAUACUUCGAGAAUUUUAUCGGGU